AUGAAGAAAUAUGGGAUCACCCAUAGGCUGGCUAUACCCCAUCAUCCUCAAACUAGUGGCCAGGUUGAGGUAUCCAAUUGGCAGAUUAAGCAAAUAUUGAAAAAGACUAUCAACCCUAAUCGCAAGGAUUGGUCUUUUAGACUUGUGGAUGCCUUGUGGUCUCAUAGAAAUGCAUUCAAGACUGAUCUUGGACAAUCUCCUUACCGCCUUGUGUAUGGGAAGGCAUGCCAUCUUUCAUUUGAAUUAGAACAUAGAUCCUUUUGGGCUAUAAGGAGCCUAAAUUUUGAUAUGCCUACUGCUGGUACUCAUAGCAAAUUCCAAGUAGCUGAGUUGGAGGAGCUUCGCCAUGAUGCCUAUGACAAUGCUAGGAUUUAUAAGACAAAAACCAAGGCUUCUCAUGGUAGACACAUCCUUAGGAAGUCUUUCACACCUAGUGAUAAGAUUUUUCUUUACAAUUCUAGGUUGCAUAUUUUUCCAAGUAAGUUGAGAUCUCGUUGGGAUGGUCCUUAUAUUGUCCAGACUAUUUUUUCUCAUAGUGCUAUUGAGGUGUUGAACCCUAGCACAGGUGCAAAUUUCAAGGCCAAUGGUCAACAGUUGAAGCCCUUCAUUGAGUUGUCAUCUUCUGCUCUAGAACAGGUCAUGUAUGUCCAUGAACCUUUUUACACAAAUGACUUAAUUUUACCCAGGUUAGCUAUUGAGAAUUCAGUGUUGUACCUUGAUCUAUCAGAGGUGGGGUGUGAUAGAGUGGUAUCAGAGUGUGAUGCUCUAACUUAA